AUGAAUCAGCUGCUGCUGAAUAUACAGAAUCUGGAGAAGACUUUGCACCACCACCGCGCGAAUGAAGCCUACAGGGCCUCCGCCGUGACCCAGGUGCAACAAUGGCAAGCGCCAGAUUUUUCGUCUUUUCCAUCGCAUGGUCAUGGUCCCCCACCUGGCCUGGACCGGUCCGACCUCAACUUUCAAGCCGCCCGUGCGUCCCUGGCCAAUGAUG